CCACAAAUGCAGUGAACAUCUGCACAGAAGCAGAAAGGAAGUUAUCAGAAAUGUAUUUUGCGCCGCUGCUCCUGAGCGUACUGCUCGGCCUGUGUGAUGGAGAUGUUGGGGAUUUCUCACCAUGUCUGAGCUUCUUCUACCGGAACCAACCUCCCACAGGCAUUAUGGGAACUCCAAUCUGUCAGCGCUACAAGAACCUCUACCACUUCGCCACGCUGUACAGCCGGGAGCGCCGCACACCCUGGUUCUCUGGGUACAUGUUCUCCCCUCCGCAGGGAAAGCGCCCCAGGGGUGAUUGGAAGUUUGAGCCACAGCUAGCCAACUCCAAGGCUGAUGGCAACAUGGCCCUGUUCCCGAUUCCACCUGAGAAAGUGAGCCAGAAUGUAGUGGAGAGCCAGGCCGUCCAGGAAGACUACACCAACUCUACCUACACACGUGGCCACCUGAACCCGAGCCAACACCACAAUGACACAGAUGCGCGUCGUGCCACUUUCACCCUCACUAACGUGGUGCCGCAGCGGACUGCAUCCAAUGACGGUCCCUGGGCCAAUCUGGAAUCUCACGUGAACCAGAUUCUUCGGGAACAUUGCCUGGGUGAGGCAUACAUAGUGACUGGGAUGAUUCCAUAUGAAAAAGAUCGCUGGCUGAAGGAUGAAGGUAGGGUGGCCAUCCCUGAGUAUAUGUGGUCAGCCUACUGCUGUCAGAACUACAGCCAGGACCUUCCAGACAGCCUGAAGGAUAUCUUCCCAACAUUUGGAGCCAUUGGCAGGAAUGAUCCGAACAGUACUCAGGAGAUUGUACCAGUGGACCCGCACCGAAAGAAAGAAGUGCGGGGAUAUGAUGUUCGGUUAAUGCCACUACCCAUUCUGGAGGGGUACUUAAAAAAGAGAUACAGGACCUCGAUCAGAGUUUUUGUUCAGCAGUGCUCAAGGGCAUGAUCUUCAGUCAAAACCAAAAGUCCUUAUGCAGCCCUUUCACCCUUACAUUCUGUUCUGACUGAUAAGAGCUCAUUUGAAUUAAAGCUAGACGGCCUUUCGAGUUCUUAAAAUCAGUGAAAUUUAGUUCCCUCUGAAAUUUGGUUCUUGUGAUAUAUGUUUAUUUCUGUAAUAUCUCUACAAAAUAUCAGGCCAUUCUGUGGCUGGGAAGUUAUUUAAUUUGAAGAGAUUCCCAAGCAAAUAAUGUGCAUGAAAUCGCUCGCUUCGCACAGUCAAGCAGACAGAGGAAGUUCAUGUGUGUGUGAGACCCCAUCACACACACACAUCACACCGAGGUGCUCGCUGACCGCCGAUAUUUAUUAGUUUAGUCCUGCGUUUCCUUUCCUUCGUAUAGAACAUAACGUCUUUUCUUCUCGCUUUCUGUUACUGUAGUCAGUCUUUCAUGUUUCAUUCGCACACUCACGUCCUCCAUUUUUCUCUUCCAUUUCAAAUUUGUAUCCUACAAAGCUUUGCGUGAACGGGGAAAGCCCACCACGUCAUGCAUGACGUAGUAUAUCUUGUAUUGGGUCAUGGUGAAGCAGGAAAAAAUAGUGGAGAAUUUAGGGCCAUGUGGCCCUAAAUUCAUUCAUUGUUCUAUUAAAAAACAACUAAUAAAAUUGGAAGUCUGUGAUUCGAAUUCAGUAGCUUUCGGUCCACUAAACAAAAAUAAUUGGGUGUCAGGGAAAAUUCUUUUUAUGACCUACACCUGAAAAAUCUGAAAGGCAGGCUACCUUUAAUUGUUUUGUACACAUACUUAAAAAACUAUGGAAUGUUAUUUGAUGCUAAUUUUUUUUAAACCAUUCAUAGCACUGUCUCUGGUACGAUUGACACUGGAUUUUUUUAAGAUAAUAUUAUAAAUUAACUUCAAGUAAGUUGUCAGUGUCGUAGAUAAGUGUUCAGUCAGCAUAUCCUUCAAAUUGUGGCCACGUUUUCUCUACAGUAUCGCACAUCUUUUCAACCAAAGCAUGACAAUCACGAUAAAUAAUGUUUGCAUUCCGAAUUACUAAUUACUAAAGUAAAGAGGUGGGCUGAGUCAGUGGCAUCGUAAGAGUUAAAGAUAAUAACUGAGUAUGUGUGCACAAGGAACUGUUUUAAUAAAAAUGAUUUCAUGGUUAAUUAAGUCUUUUGAAAACUAUCAUUCCAAAGUGCUGUUAUUUUUGACAUCAGUUCAUGAUAUGGAUUAAGAAUGAUCAUCAAAACAAUUAUUUGUUGAAAUCCAAAAAUCAGGAAAAUUAUUUUAAUAUUCUGCCCAUAUUUUUAUGUUGAAAAGGACUAAAUAAUGUAUGCAAUAUACUUUGAAGUCGCACAACUGUAUUGGAGCUAUAACUGUGAAGAAUUUUAAGCACUGGAUGAACUGGUGUAUUCACUUGCAAGUUGUAGACUAGAAAUAGAAUAUUUUUAACAACUUUAAAAAAAAAUUGUAAAAAUCUGUCUCGGUUUAGAUUCGACCAAGAGAUGUCAGCAUUUGGUUAUAAAAAAAUAGAGCAGUCUUCAUGACUUCUUCUCAAUUCAAAAGGAAUUUUGUUCGUAUUUUGUUUUGCUGCUGGACUUUUGUGUGUGUGUGUGUCUAGGACCACAGUAGGACAUCCACUUUUAAUUUUUCUGUCAUUAUUUUAUUUUGUGUUUUGGUUGUAAACGUACCAUUUAUACCUCGAUACCGUGCAGAGGUGAAAAAAUUUGCGACGUGUUAAUCAGCACUUUCCACCAUCAAAGCAAUCAAGGACUGAGGGAAUGCUAUUUUGAAAAAUGGCGUUCAUCCCUUCAGUACAGCUUUAGAGACUUUUCCAAUCAACGGCACUGAAGAUUGAAGCUGUUCUGACAGCACGUGGUGGCACAAACAUCUUGUUGUUUUUCCUUUCAUUUGUCACCAACUGUACUUUAUACCUCAUACUGUCUUAUUUUAUGUAUUUUCCUUUUUGUGUCCAUGUAUGGACAUUUGUAUUGUAAUCACAUUCACACUAAUUAAAUCAUCUGGAUCUGUGAAUCAAA